UGCUGUUUUUUCUCACGAAGGGUCCACAGAGAAACAUUCGCUCGUUCCCCUCUCCUUCCUCGUUCCCAUCUCAGAUCUCAAUCCAUUUGGCCGAGAAUAAUGGAGGACGAUGCGCAGAUAAAGUCAAUUCAUCAUGAAUUAUCCCAAGGGGAUAGGUGCCGUGUUUGCAAGCAUGAAAUUGCUGUCUGUCGUGAUGCACAAGGUCCACCGUGUCAUGUAGGGAUACCGAUCACAAGGUUAUAUCGCUCGAAGAUGUUUGUUUCAUGCGCUAUCCGGCAUAUCUUUGAAGAAGACAUCCAUCGUAUUGAACCAGAUGUGAUGCAAGGAGACAUCAAUAGUUGGACUGCUUACUUUUUUACUUUUGAGAGGCUGCAGUAUGAGGUUACAUUUCAGUAUGAUGAUUUGGCUACAAAGAUCGUGGGUGAGGGAUGGCAGCAGCUUCUAGAUGAUUAUGUUGUGUGUCCAGGCGAUAUGAUGUAUAUCUACAUGAGUAACGGAGGCUACAACCUCUCAGUCGACAUAAAGAGGGAUGGCGUCCAACAGAUACCGCUCAGUUAUGUUGGAAUGUUGUUUCAUUUUGUAUUAUCAUGCUUUUACACGACGAUCUUUAACAUGGUUUUUCUAGUUCUAUCGUGUGUUAAUCUUAACUCAAUAUACAUCUGGCCUGAACGAGAUUAUCUGAUGCGGACAUUCUUCUGUUUUUUUCAUAGUAUUCUAUCCUUGAAACUAGCUGAAAGACCAAAAGAUACGACAAAUAUUAAGGCUCUUGCUAUACACCUUUAACAGA